AUGAUGAAUGUUAUCAGAGCCAAACGGAAAUCAGAGUUUCUUUUAUUAGAAGUGGAUAUCAAAAAGCAAAAAAUAGUAGUAAUUCAGCCAAAGGUACAUAUUAUGAAUAUUAUUCCAACUGUUACAAUAAGUUUUAUAGAGUUCUCAUCUUUCAAAAAUGGGUUACUUCGAGGAUAAAACCCAUUUUUUGUCCAUUGAGGAGACAAUUUAUUUGGUUCAAAUUGGUGCCGCAGCUGUUUUAACCCCCACCUCAACAUACCCUUUAAGUUUGUCACAGCUGAUCGCACUACUUCCUCUUUUUGGAAGUUGCCUUCAACGAUUCUCCGUAUUUAGCUCCCUUUACAGUAACGGGUUUGUUGUUUCUCGUCUGGAGACUGAAGGGUAAUUCUAGUUAUGGUUUUAUGUAAACUUAUUUUUAGAGUGCAAUACUAUAAGAUUCAAAAAGAACCAGAAGGCUAUGAACCGUAUUUUAUGUUCUUUGCCAGGUAAAUAAGGAGGGAUUAUUAAGAACCUCCAUGCAUAUUUAGCUCCAACGUGCUACAAUCUCUUCCGCAGAACAGAAUCAUUAUCCCCACGGGCAGCACAACCGUCCCUCGCUUUCGAUUUCUGGAUUCAAAUCAAAGUUUCGAUCUGAAAACCACUUUUCUAGUGCAAUAA